AUGGAGCCAAGUACUUCUCAAGUCAAAGGUAAGGUCGUCUUCGUUGGUGAUGCAUCUGUGGGAAAGACUAGUUUGAUUUAUCAUUAUAAUCAAACAAAAGGCAACCCUUUACCUACUGUCGGAGCUAAUUCCGUUCCUUGCACUGUUCCAAUUGAAGGAAAAACAGUUUCACUUAAUAUAUGGGAUACAGCUGGACAAGAAAACUUUCAAUGUUUAGUUCCGAUGUUUGCCAGAUGUUCAAAUGCAGCAAUUAUUGUUUAUGACUCAACAAAUAAGCAGUCUUUUGAUAAUAUAGCUUUGUGGUACAAGUAUGCAAUUGAAGAGUCAAAUGUUCCAAAUGUCAUAAUUGUUUCGAACAAAAGUGAUCUCGAAUCUGUUAUUACAGCAGAAGAAAUACACUCUAUGAAAGAAAAAUACAACUGCCCUUUGUUUUUUACUUCUGCCAUUACUGGAUCAAAUGUAGACAUUUUAUUCCGUGAAAUUGCUGAAAUUGUAGAUAAAGAACAGUCCAAAGAUGCUAAUCGUGCGAUUGAUCAGCCAAUAAAUUUCUCAAACAAAUUAGAUUCUGAUCAAAAGAAAAAAUGCUGUUAA